UUGAAUUCCAUUUCAAUCUAUGAGAUUAGAUUUAAAAAAACGGUUUAGGUAAAACUACGAGUUUAUAUUGGCAACCACGUCUUUAGAUUCUCACUACUAACGUCUCAUUUUGCGUACUGAUGAGGAAAAGCUGUACAAUCAUUUGUUUGAGGAAGCGUGAGCGGAGGAAUUGGGAGGCUUGAAUACUACUCCAUCAGCAUGUAUUGUACGGAUGUCUUUUCUUGUGCUGUUUUCUUCUCUUGUAUAGUACUAGUUGCCUCACAAACCAUCAGAGAUGCGGAUAGCAAGGCAUCCCCGAUAUCAAAGUUUGCGUGCGAAGACCACGUGGCAGAUCUAGUUUGUCCUUUGAACACAACUAUUGAAAUACAUUCUCUUUUCUAUGGACGAAACCCUGAACAUGGAUUAGGAAUCUGCCUGAAUGGUGCGUCUCAAGGUSGUUGUGAAAUGAUUGGCUUUGACAAAGAGGAGAAGUUAUAUAAUCUGAAAAAAGCCUGUAAUGGUAAAAUGCAUUGUAACAUUAUCGCCAAUGACCAUACAUUUGGCGAUCGUCAGAAGUGCCCAAACAUCACAAAAUACCUCAACAUUAUCUACAAAUGUCAACGUCCACCGAUCCCAUCAACCAGGAAGCCAUCAACGAACGAACCCGUAUACUACACGGGAACCUCACGACCGGGUACUUCAACUAAACCAACCGCUGAGCCGUAUAUGGAUUUACAUAAGCUUGACGAGGAUGGUAAGAAAUGGCCGACACCAAGACCACUUAUUAAAUGUAAUACUACUACUGAGUCAUCGGACGAUGUAUACUUAAAUUCUGCCUCCUCUUCAAAACCUUUUCUGUCUUUUAUUAUAGCCAUCUUUAUUUGGAAGUUAUUUUCAUAAAAAGUUUCCUAAUUUUAAAAUGAUUGACGAGCGAAAAUGAUCAAGCAGUAAAAAAACAGCAAGAUUUUAAAUCAAGCAAGCUAUGUAUAGGUAAUCAUACGGUUUCAAGUUAAAUUUGGGAUUAAUUCGCACGARUGUGUUUUUCAAAGAGUUGAAACUGAUGCAACUGAAUUACACAUUUUGCACUGUAUUACUUUUGAACAACCCUAAGGCAACCAGAAUUGAGUAAUUUUUUUCAUGUAUGUUAUUACGACUCUGACAAAGUCUUUGUUAAUUAUAAUCAAAGCAUGUGUCACUUUAACCAAAGCUAUAAAAAUGUUGGUUGUUAUAACGUAUACUUUGAAAAAGAAAACAGUAACUGAAAUCCAAUAUAACGACGUGUGUUUAACCACCUAUUGCGCAUGUACAGUGACGAUAUGCAGCUGAAAACAAUGAUUUGUACCUAGCCCUGCACUAAAAUAAAGCAUUAUAACUUGCA